AUGGAAAGCCAAUACCCGCAAUGUGUAGUGGACGGACAGCCCUACUUGCCUGGCUGCAUCAGUAUCCUCUCCUACCUGGAGAAAAGACUGACAAUUCUGUUGCGAGAUGGCAAGACAUUCAUCGGAUAUUUGCAGUCGAUAGACCAGUUUGCAAAUCUGCUCCUUGCCAACACCAAAGAGAGAAUUUAUGUCGGAGAGAAGUUUGGAGACAUAGAAAGAGGGAUCUACAUAGUGAGGGGUGAGAACGUAGUGCUGAUAGGAGAGGUAGAUCAGAAGAAAGAGGAAGAGUUGUGUGCGGAACACCAGAUGAAGACAGAGGAGAUCCUCAUCAUGCAGAAACAACAGCAGCUCCUCAAAAUCGAAGCCGAAAAGGCACGACAGAAGUUCCUCAAAGAGAGAGGACUCGACUUCUCAGCCACCCUCCAGACAUUCGAUGAUUUUUCAUAA